AAUAAUCAAAAACAACAACAGAACAAACAACCCAAAUCACAUCUUCCCGCCACACCACAAACAACCACCACCAUAAUAAACCCAACCCAGAAAGUGUUCGACGAAAUGCCCAACCGAUCCCACUCCUUCUACUCCUACCUCUCCCUCAUCUCCCGCUCCACCACCCCACUCCAUCUCCUCCAAAUCCUCUCCCACUCCAUCAUCUCCGGCCACCACCCCAAUCUCCUCCUCUCCACCCACCUCAUCUCCCACCUCUCCUCCUCCCACCACCACUCUCUCUCCCUCCUCCUCUUCUCCUCCAUUCCCAACCCUGACCUUUUCCUCUUCAACACUCUCCUCCGUUCCACUCCUUCCCCUUCUCUCUCCCUCUCCCUUUUCUCCUCUCUCCCCCACCUCCAUCUCCAUCCCAACCCCUUCACCUUCUCCUUUGCCAUCUCCUCCUCCUCCUCCUUCCCCUCCCCUUUCCCCGGCCGCUCUCUCCACGCUCGCUCCAUCCUUUCCGGCUUCUCCUCUGACCCUUUCAUUGGCUCCGCCCUCACCAAUUUCUACCUCAACUUCGCUGAUUCACUUUCUGCACACAAAGUGUUUGAUAGAAUUCCCCAACCAGACACUGUCUCUUGGAAUUCUCUCUUGUCUGGUCUUAUUAAGAACAAUGCUUUCUCUCAGUCUUUGAUUGUUUUUAACCGAAUGUUUAGCUCCGGCACGUCUUUUGAUCCGACAACCUUUGCGGUUAUCCUCCCGGCUAUUGCCGAGUCUCAGGACUUGAACUUGGGUUUGGAAGUGCAUUGUUUGGCGGUGAAGUCGGGGAUGGCGUCGCGUUCUCAUGUUGUUACCGGCUUGAUUUCGAUGUAUUCAAAAUGUGGUGAGGUUUCCAUGGCGAGGUUUUUGUUUAAUGACAUUGAGAGACCGGAUUUGGUUGCUCGCAAUGCUAUGAUUUCCGGGUAUUCGGUGAAUCAAGACGUUGGUCUUUCGGUGAGUUUGUUCAGGGAUUUGAUGGCUAUUGGCGGAAAGCCGAGCUCGAGCACUUUGGUUGGGAUGAUCCCUGUGUUUAGUCCUUUCGGCCAUGGAUUUCUCAGUCGGUGUAUUCAUGGGUUUGUGAUCAAGUGUGGAUUUGAUUCGAAUUCACCAGUUUUGACUGCGAUCAUGACGGUUUAUUCAAGGCUGAAUGACUUAGAUUCAGCUCAGAAAGUUUUUUAUGAAAUGCCGGAGAAGAGCCUUGCGUCAUGGAAUGCCAUGAUAUCGGCAUAUGCUCAGAAUGGCCUGACUGAAAUGGCUAUCAGUUUGUUUCAAGACAUGCAAGCUCUUAAUGUCCGUCCGAAUCCAGUAACUGUAACGAGCACCCUUUCAGCCUGUGCACAACUCGGAGCUCUCAGUAUUGGAAAAUGGGUUCAUCGGAUAAUCACAGAAGAGGAUCUCGAGCUCAAUGUCUUUGUUUCAACAGCUUUAAUCGACAUGUAUGCAAAAUGUGGCAACAUAAAAGAAGCUCGAAAGGUCUUUGAUUCGACGAAAGACAAGAAUGUUGUAUCAUGGAAUGCAAUGAUUUCAGGCUACGGACUUCACGGUGAUGGUCACCAAGCUCUGAAACUAUACUCAGAAAUGUUGACUGCUCGUAUAGCUCCGACCAGCGUCACAUUAUUAUCAGUCUUGUAUGCUUGUAGCCAUGGAGGAUUGGUUGAAGAAGGCGAAGCAGUGUUUGAAUCAAUGGCUAGUGAACAUGAAGUGAAUCCAGGACCUGAACACUAUGCUUGCAUGGUAGACCUUCUUGGCAGGGCUGGGAAACUCAAACAAGCAUUGGAAUUCAUCGAAACAGUUGCAGUUGAUGCCGGUGCUGGUGUGUGGGCUGCAUUGCUUGGUGCCUGCAUGAAACACAAGGAAACAAGUGUUGCUCAAAUAGCAUCAAAUAAGUUGUUUGAAUUGGAGCCGGAGAACUCCGGUUACUAUGUUCUCAUGUCGAAUAUAUACUCAGCCAACAGGGAAUUUCCACAGGCAGCAAUGGUGAGAGAGACGGCGAAGAGUCGGAAUUUGGCAAAAACGCCCGGAUGUACUCUGAUCGAGAUCGGGGAGAAGCAGCAUGUGUUUACAUCUGGUGAUCGGUGUCAUCCACAAACGGAAGCAAUAUGCGCAAAGCUUGAAGAGUUGACGGCGAAGAUGAUUGAGGCUGGUUAUCGGGUAGAGACCGAUGCAGCAUUGUAUGAUGUUGAGGAGGAGGAGAAGGAGCAUAUGGUUAAGGUUCAUAGUGAGAAGCUUGCUAUUGCUUUUGGUCUCAUAAACACUGAACCAGGGACUGAGAUAAGGAUCAUUAAGAACCUCAGGGUGUGUUUGGACUGUCAUAAUGCAACCAAGUUCAUCUCCAAAGUCACUGAAAGAUUAAUUGUGGUGAGAGAUGCUACCAGGUUUCAUCACUUCAGGGAUGGGCUGUGUUCAUGUGGGGAUUAUUGGUGAUAGAUAACUAGAGAAUAAUUUUGGUCAACACCAAAAUGGUUAAAUAGAAAAAGAAAAUAUUAAAAUCAUUGGCAAUCCUUGUAUUUAAAUCAUUGUCAAUAGGUUUAUUUUAUACAUGAAUUAUAAGA